UGACUAAUAAGCAAACUGUGAAUGAGACUUUAUCCAACCAAUAUGUUGUCAUAUGUUAUUUUGGCUGUAACUGUAUUAUGGAGUUGUUAUCAUGUAGAGGCUGGCCAAUGUGAUGCUGUGCAAGGAACAUGUAUAACAGAAGAUCUUUUAAAAACCUUGAUGGGAAUGAAUAAAUGUCCCUGUAAAAGUACCGAACAAAGGAAGGGAGCAGUAUUUUUUGCUUUCCUGAAGGCAACUACAACUUUUGGUGGAAAUGAUAUAUUAAAGUUCGAUGAAGUGACAACAAAUAUUGGUCAAGCCUAUAACCCCAAGACAGGAAUAUUUACAGCACCCCAAGUUGGAGUCUAUAUGAUAUUGUGUGUCAUGAUGGGAGCUUCUUCAUCCCAUAUCCACUACUAUUUGUUCAAAAACAACAGCAUGUUCUCGAUGGGAUUCACCAGUAGGUCAACUGUUCAUCAUGCCAGCGCCAGCAACAAUAACUGGAUUGUUGAACUUAAAAAGGGGGAUCAAGUUUACAUCAAGCAUAGAACAGGGGGUAAAGAAACUGUCCAUGGAGGUUAUCAUUCUUAUUUUUCUGGUUUUCUUAUACAAUAA